AUGGCGACGGGGCGACUGGCGGGGGGGGCCUUUCCUAGGCUGCGCGGAAACGAGCUGGCUAAGAUGCCGGGUCGCUGCGUAGGGCCUAGCAGGUCGGGGCGGGGAGUUCGGCGGCCGUGGGGGAAGAGGUGGGGUGCAGGGACGUUUCGAGGCCGUGGAGCAAGGCGCCGGGCGUUGUCCUCGGUUUGGGAGACGCGCUGUGUGAGUGCUGAAAGGCUGCAGGACUGUCGGCGGCCCCGGGGGAGCAGACAAGCAGUGCAAACAGCCGAUACUGCUGGGGAGAAUGAGGCUUCGGGAACACCUGGGAUUGCAGGCUCGUUUGAGGCUGCAAGGGACUCUAGGGCUGUGUGGGUGAACGGGGCUGUGGGAGAUCCCGAGGUAGUAGGAUCUGCUGGAUAUGUGUGGGUGACCGGGUCUGGGGAGGAGGAGUCAGAAGAUAGAAGUCCCGGGGGCAGUGAGAGAAAAGGUCGUCCUGGAUCUCUGGGGCAUGAGAGCAUUCUUCAACUGUGGUUGAAGGUGCAGGCUAUGAGGGCAGCUUCAGGAUGUGGGGAAGGAAGCAGAGUUGAGCUCCAUCCUGUGCCUGCAGGAGAGGGACCAGUUGAAAGGGGUGUUCCUGGCCGAGCUUCCUGGGUAGAGACUAGCCGUGGUGGUGUUACAGGACCUUGGGUGAAAGGACAGGCUAGGGUGUUCCCCCGGGUCUCAAGACUAUCCACUGCUCUGGGGCUAGGGGAAGGUUGUGAGAGAGCCUCAGGCUUUUGUGGACUGGGUCCUGCUGGGUGGGUGCCUCCUCCAGUGGAUGUGUCUGGGAUUGCCUCCCACCUUGCUGAGACAAGUCCUAGGGUUGCCUCCCACCUGUUGGGGAGGGAACAGACUGCCUGCGUGCCUGGAGCUGUGGAAGAGAUAAGCUAUGGAGUUGCCCCAGGCCCUUGGGGAAAAGGACAGACUGUGGGGUUACCUGGGGGCACAGGGUGGCCUGGGGCUGUGGAGGGAGAGGUGGGCUAUAGAGGUGCCCCAGGUCUGUCUGGGAGGGGGCAGAUUCCUGGGGCUCUUGAGCAAGAGGCAGUUUGUGGGGAUAUCCCUAGCUUAUGGAGAAAGAAACAGGACACGGGGGUGCCUCAGGCUGUGGGGAUCCCUAGAGGUGUGGAGGAGGAAAUCACCUCUGUGGGUGUCUCAGGCAUAUGGCAGAGGAGACAGGCUGUGGAGGAGACAGACUCUGGGGGUAUCCCAGGCCUGUGGGGCACAGGACAGCCUGCAGAGGUGCCUUGUGCUACCGAAGAGGAACCUAGAUGUGGGGGUGACCCCAGAUUCAGAGAAAGGGAACUGGCUGUGUGGGUAGACCCAGGCUCUGGAGGUGACCCAGGGUCAUGUGAAGCUGCAGAGACUGCAGAGCUGUCUGGUCCUAGUGAGCAGGAGGCAGGUUCUGGGGGUGCCUCAGGCCUGUGGGGUAUAGAACAGGCCAUGGGAGUACCCAGGGCCUUAGGGAAGGAGGAGACAAGCUGCGCAAGCUUUCCAGGACUAUGGAGAACAGAACAGCCAGUGGAAGUGUCCCAGGCUGUGGCGGUACCAGGAGCCAUGGGCCAAGAAACAAGCCAUGGUGGUGUCCCUGGCCUGUGGGAUAGGCAGCAGGCUCUGGGAAGGUAUCCAGCUGUGGCAGUGUCAGGGCUUGUAGGGGAGGAGACAUGCAGUGGGAAUGUCCCAAGUCUGUGGGAGAGGAGGCAGGUCGUGGGGGAGCAAGGGACUCCGGUGCCUUCAGAAUUGGGGGGCCCUUGUAUCGGGGCUCAAGAGGCUGGCUGUAGAGGCUGUGUGUGCAGGAGGAGGCAGUCCGUGGGGCUGUCUGAGACAGUAGAGGUCCCCAAGGCAGCAGAUGUGCCCAAGCACAGGUGUGCCUUAGCAGGGGUCCAUGGUGUGGACAUGCCUGUGUCUGGAAAGGUGCCUGCUGCUCUGUGGGUAUCUGGUCCCAUGUGUCAGGAAGGCUGCUCUAGAGCAGUUUUGAACCUGUGGGAAAGGGCUCAUGUUGCUGGUAUACCUGUAGCUUCAGGGGGGCCUCUGGCUCCAGAGGAGCCUUGGCCUGUGGGGGAAGAUAGUGGUUCUAGGGCUUUUCCAGGACCACAGGGAGGGAGGCAGGGUAUUGGGGUUCCCGUGUCUUCUGAAGUCCCUGGGUUUGUAGGGCGGGAGACUGGCUCUGGGGGUGUUCAAGGACCUUGGGGAGGAAGACAGAGUGUCAGAGCUCCUGUGGCCACUGAGGUGCCCACAAUUCUUAGAAUUCCUGGUUCUCUGGAGGUAGAGACUGGCCCUGGAGGCUUCCCAGGCUCAUUGGAAAGGAGACAGACUGCAGGAGUACCUACAAAUGGUGGGGCACCUGUGGCUCCCAGGGUGCCCAGGUCUGUGUGGGAGGAAACUGGCUCUGGAAGCAUCUCAGGCUUUUGGGGAGAGAGAGAGAUAACUGGGGAACCUGCAGAUGCCAUGGGUCCCACAAGGAUGGGGGUGCCUGCUUCUGCUAGGAUGCCUGGACCCAUGCUGGAGGAGACCAGCUCUGGGGGACUCUCAGGCUUGUCAGGAGACAGACAGACUCCAGGGGUCUCCAUGGCUGAGGGGCUGCCUGGGUCUGUGGGGGUAGAGACACUCUCUGAGGGCCUCUUGGACCUAUCAGGAAGAAGACAGGUUGCUGGGACGCCUGUGGCUUUUGGAGUUUCUAUGACGAGGGGAGAGCCCAUGGCUUCUGGGCUCCCUGGGCCAAUGGCAGGGGAUACUGUCUCUGUGGACAACAGCUCAGGCAUAUGGGGAGGGAGACUGGCCACUGAGGUGGCCACUGAAGUGUCCACUGCUGCCAGGAUUCGGGGACCUGUAGAGGGGGAUGUGGGCUCUGAAGGUGUCUCAGGCCCGUGGAAAAGGAGGCUGGGUGGAGUAUGCCUUGAGGCUGUGAGGGUGCCUCCACCUCUAGGGGUUCUUGCAGCUGUAGGAGUUCCCAUGGCAGGGCGCAUACCUGCUGCAGUGUGGGUGACCGGGUCUCCAGGCACAGAAGUGGAUGUGGGUGUUUCAGGCCUGGCGGUGGUAAGGAGACAGUCCGUAGAGGGCGUAAGGGCUUUUGAGGAGGAAACAGGAGGUAGGAGUACCCUGGGACUGGCAGGGAGGAGCCAGGCUGUGGGGGUGUCUCACACCUGUGUGGGUGGGCCCAGAGUAUGGAGCUGUCCAAAGUCUGUGGGGGAAGAAACAGCCUAUGAGGAUAUUACAGGAGUGUCAGAGAGAAGAACAGCUGUCAGGGUGACCCCUGGUCCAAGGGAGGAAACAGGGCUUGGCCAUUUCAGAGGUCAUCCACAGCAGAGUGGGAGGAGACAGGCUGGAGGAAUGUCUGCAGUCAGAGUGAGGGGGCAGAAUAGGGGAGAGAAUUCUGUGGGGGAGGACAGGUUGAGGGGGAUGUUCUAGUAGUAUGUGUGGGGGAGAAGAUGGGGGAGG